ACCACAGCCCCCGGCACGCCCCACAGCGCCGGCCGAGCCACAUGACCCAGCAUCUCCGGGUCCUGCGGUCACGUGACUCGGGGAAGAUGGCCGCGGUGACUGCCGAGAGCUUCGCUGCGCUCCAGAGCCUGCUGAAGGCCUCCUCGAAAGAUGUUGUCAGACAGCUGUGCCAGGAAAGCUUUUCCAGCUCAGCGCUUGGCUCAAAAAAACUCUUGGAUAUGACGUGCUCCAGCUUGUCUGUGACCCAGGAGGAGGCAGAGCAACUGCUCCAGGCUCUGCACCGCCUCACCAGGCUGGUGGUGUUCCGGGACCUGUCCUCUGCUGAGGCGAUUCUGGCUCUCUUUCCUGAAAAUUUCCACCAGAACCUCAAAAACCUGCUGACAAAAAUCAUCCUAGAACAUGUAUCCACUUGGAGAACUGAGGCCCAAGCAAAUCAGAGUGAGUACCAGUAAGCCUGCCUCUUCCCCCUGCCUCCUCCUUCCAGCCUCAGCUCUCAAUCUGCCAGGUGGCCAGAGUUUUCAACCAAAACUCAAAGUGAGUUAACCUAAUCCCAAGCCAAACAGUAUGUGUUGUGUCUUUCUUAAUUGCAUUUAAAAAUAUUUUUAUCAUAAACUUAAUGUAAUAUAGUUGUUUAAAACAAUCACACAGAAAUAUCCAAAGCAGAAAGUUAAGUACUUAAAACAAUUAUAUUUCCAUUAGAAAAAAAAUUAACCAUAAGUGAAAUUAUUUUGAAAAAUUGAACAAAAGUGGGUGUUUAAUAAAUAGUCACUAAACUUACCCUGAACCAGUCACAGUGCCAAAGAGCUCUUCCUGCAUUAACUCAUUUAG